AUGGCAGAGAUUGAGAGCUCUGUAUACACUAGCCCUGAAGCACAGCCAAUCAUUGACGGUCGCACUGUUCCGCUCACUGAACAGGCACCACGGAGGGUCCGGGAACCGGAUGGAACAGGGGAAUUAGAGGAGCUAAGCACCAUGCCAACACCUAUCGCCCUGUCUGACGGAGAGGGUUGGGCAACACCUGCGGUUCUGCAAGACUCAGUCUGGCAGUCAGACCAGGCAAACGACCUCCUGCCGCCCUCACACCCGAUUGUCGACACUAAACAACCAGAUACGCAAGGAGCCGACGACUGGCUGGAUGGUAUCGCGGACGAAAUAGGCGAAGUAUGGCUUUACGGACCUCCAGAUAGCGGCCCGUCUCCGCAGACGUCGAUGGUGACGGACCCUCGGACGACCGGAGGGAGAAUAUACAAAGGAUGUAAAUGUGAUGAGCACCAGGAGGCCUAUAUAGACUGGCCGACGCAAAACGCCGAUUUAACGAUCGCCCAAUGCAUGAAGGUCUGCAUGUACUGUGGCAAGGAUUUCACAACGGCAGCUGAGCUCCGGAAACACCUACGCCAGUCAAAAUAUAGCAAGCAAAACCUGGCGGUGCAGAUGGAGACCCGUGGAAAGGGAAGCUCCCUGACCCUCAGCUGGACACAACGACGCCGAACAGAACCACCCAUCACUCGAUCAGAAGCGCGAAGAACCCGGACCCAAUCACAUAUAGAUCGCGAAAACCGAGCCUCUCUCCAAUGCUAA